UUGCGCUACGGCUCCUUUAAACCCUUCCGGCUCUCGCCCCGCCCCUGGCCCGCCUGGUCCCAGGCAGGAGCCGCUGAAAAUCCCCGCGCGGGGCCGGAGCGCACCACUCGCCCUGCAACCCCGCCUCGAGUACUGCGCUCUCUGCCCCACGUUCCCCACAGCAGCUACCACCCAUCAGAAUGGCCAACAGGGGACCUGCCUAUGGCCUGAGCCGGGAGGUGCAGCAGAAGAUUGAGAAACAGUACGAUGCGGACCUAGAACAAAUCCUGAUCCAGUGGAUCACUGCCCAGUGCCGCAGGGAUGUGGGCCGGCCCCAGCCGGGGCGUGAGAACUUCCAGAACUGGCUCAAGGAUGGCACGGUGCUGUGUGAGCUCAUUAAUGGACUGUACCCUGAGGGGCAGGGCCCAGUGAAGAAGAUCCAGGCCUCCACCAUGGCCUUCAAGCAGAUGGAACAGAUUUCUCAGUUCCUACAAGCAGCUGAGCGCUAUGGCAUCAACACCACUGACAUCUUCCAGACUGUGGACCUCUGGGAAGGAAAGAACAUGGCCUGUGUGCAGCGGACACUGAUGAACCUGGGUGGGCUGGCAGUAGCCCGGGAUGAUGGGCUUUUCUCUGGGGAUCCCAACUGGUUUCCUAAGAAGUCCAGGGAGAACCCUCGGAACUUUUCGGACAACCAGCUGCAAGAGGGCAAGAACGUGAUUGGGUUGCAGAUGGGCACCAACCGCGGGGCAUCUCAGGCAGGCAUGACAGGCUAUGGGAUGCCACGCCAGAUCCUCUGAUGUGCCUCAGCCCUGCCCCUACCCUCCCAUGGAUGAUUUUAUAUAUAUAUAUAUACACACACAUAUAUAUUACAUAUAUAUAUGUGUGUGUG